GAAUAAAUUACUCGGAAUUUCUUGUGUGAAUUCUACGAAUUACAAGAGAGACAGCCGAGGACACCGAUAGUUGAACAAAAUGGCGGUGUCCGAAGCGAUAUUUGAUGGGUUGAAAAAUGUCGAAAAGGACAUUCUAAGAUUUGCGAUGCUUAAGAUUGAACAUUGCAAUGCAAAUUAUAGUAUUGAUUUUUCGGACGCCCAGUUGAUGUUCAAGGUUAUUAAAGAUGAAUCACAUGAUAAACCUAAGAAAAUAUUGAGUGUCCGCUUCGAUACAUUGUUUAAGGAUGGGGUUAAAUUGCUUAAUAGUGCUUUCGAAAAUUCUUAUCAUAGAAAGUUUGAAACAAUGAAGUCUUACGAAAAGACUGCAGUUCAGCUCCUCGACGAUUUCUUCAAAAAUCUAGAUCAUUAUGGAGAGAAUCUCAAAAAAGUGUUUGCAAAGAACCCAGUUUCAGAGACAGACAUAGCAAUAGCUUUGGCUGAACAUCUCUUGGGAAGACUUGCACCAGGAUGUACAUACAUCGUAAAAGAAAAAGGAAAAUGUAAAUGUGGAUGUGGAGUAGAGCCAAAGUUUGGAAGUACCGGCAUUGGUCAUGGAGCUGUUUGGCAUGGAGACAUUGACAUCAUUUUCUCAUCUCAUCAUGGACUACCAUUGUCAGAUAUAGCUGUGAAAACUGUCAAUAAAUGUGAACCAGAUGUGCAUGAAGAUGAAGAGGAAGCAGAAACCUCAACUCCACGGAAAAAGAGAAAAAGAGAAGGUAGCAAAAAGACAAUUACACCAUGUGGUCAAGAUUAUAAGAUUUUUAACUUAGGUGAUUUGGAGGAAACUGAUAUAUCGCCUGGUGAAAAAUCUGCUACUGAAGUGAAAUAUUCAACAAGUGGUGCACUAGAUCAGACAUUAGCACAAACAAUGGUCUUUUCACUACUCCAAAAGCAGAAGCAUCCUAAUCUUAAAAAUUUUCUCAUUCCAAAUAUUCUGAUUUCUCCAGAGGAGAUUCAAAUAUUAGUGUAUGAUGCAGAAUAUGACGUGCUGCUCUGCAGUAACAUAAUUGAAUUGUUUGACCCCUCUGAACUGUGUUUGAAUCCAGAAACGCUGAUCAUACUUUGGAUGGUUCUUCAUUAUCGGAUGUUCUGUACUGGGCUUCCUCCAUUGCUGCAUAAAUAUAGAUCACAUUUUAAAGAUCUCACAGAGGCAACAUGGGACAUAUAUUCAAAAUCACUGAAAUGUGGUGUUUCUGGCUUUCCAGUGAUUGAAAAGCCAGACUUUCAUACUUAUCUUACUUUUGCCAAAGAAAUAUGUUAAUUAAUAAUGUCCAAAUGAAGAUAACAUGUUUAAUUCCUGAACUGAAAUCAAGUGAGCUUUGUCUUAUGUCUGUUGUUGGCAGCAUUGGUAUUGUCAUAUUUUUCUUCACAAUUUUAUUUUCUCCAGAACCAUUGGACCAAAUCCUAUCCUUGGGUUAAGAGCUCUCAAAUUUGUUCAAAUGAAAGUCCAAUCUCCUUUUCAAGGGGGGAUAAUAAAAAAGUAAUGAAAAUACCGGUAGGAAGGAUUUUCUUUUUAAAUCUUCUUUUGAUUCACCAUAACCAAAAACCUUUAUUAGCAAUCAUUUAAUCUUCAACAAACUUUUAGAGCAAACUGCAUAUUACACAUUAGUAUGUUUUGACAAUUUGCUUGCACAGAAAAUCUUUAUUGUAGUUCAUAUUCAAAACACCUAACUCUGCCAACUCUUGGUCAACCCUUGUGUCUGAGACUGGUAUCUGAAACUAAUGUAAAAAUGACAUUCAAUAAAAAAUAUGCAAUGCCUUACCACAAA